CCGCCCGCUCCGCCCCGGCCCCGGCCCCGGCCCCGGCCUCGGCCCCGGGGAUGCCGCGGGGGCGGCGCGGCUGAGCCCCCCAGCCCCGCUGCGCCGCCGGCCCCGCCCGCCGCCGCCAUGGCCGGUAAGCCCCGCAGCGGCUGCGAGGCGCUCCGGGUGGUGGCCCGGUGCCGGCCCAUGAGCCGGCGGGAGGAGGCGGCGGGAUACGAGCGCGUCCUGGAGCUGGACGUGAAGCUGGGCCAGGUGAGCAUCCGCAACCCCCGCGCCGCCCCCGGGGAGCUGCCCAAGACCUUCACCUUCGACGCCGUGUACGACGCCAGCUCCAAGCAGGCCGACCUCUACGAUGAGACGGUGCGGCCGCUCAUCGACUCGGUGCUGCAGGGCUUCAACGGCACCGUCUUCGCCUACGGGCAGACGGGCACCGGCAAGACCUACACCAUGCAGGGCGCCUGGGCGGAGCCCGAGAAGCGCGGCAUCAUCCCCAGCGCCUUCGAGCACAUCUUCACCCACAUCUCCCGCUCGCAGAACCAGCAGUACCUGGUGAGGGCCUCGUACCUGGAGAUCUACCAGGAGGAGAUCAGGGACCUCCUCGCCAAGGACCAGAGCAAGAAGCUGGAGCUGAAGGAGAACCCCGAGACCGGCGUGUACAUCAAGGACCUGUCCUCCUUCGUGACCAAGAACGUCAAGGAGAUCGAGCACGUGAUGAACCUGGGCAGCCAGACGCGCUCGGUGGGCAGCACCAACAUGAACGAGCACAGCUCGCGCUCGCACGCCAUCUUCCUCAUCACCAUCGAGUGCAGCGAGACGGGGCCGGACGGCGAGGAGCACAUCCGCGUGGGCAAGCUCAACCUCGUGGACCUGGCCGGCAGCGAGCGCCAGAGCAAAAUGGGCGCCCAGGGGGAGCGCCCCAAGGAAGCCUCCAAGAUCAACCUCUCCCUCUCGGCCCUGGGCAACGUCAUCUCGGCGCUGGUGGACGGCCGGAGCACGCACAUCCCCUACCGGGACUCCAAGCUCACCCGCCUGCUGCAGGACUCCCUCGGGGGCAACGCCAAGACAAUCAUGGUGGCCACCUUGGGCCCGGCCUCCCACAGCUACGACGAGAGCCUCUCCACCCUCAGGUUCGCCAACAGGGCCAAGAACAUCAAGAACAAGCCCCGGGUGAACGAGGACCCCAAGGACACCUUGCUGCGGGAGUUUCAGGAGGAGAUCGUCCGGCUGAAAGCCCAGCUGGAGAAACGCGGGAUGCUGGGCAAGAAGAGGAGGAGGAGCAGCCGGAGGAAGAAAGCGGUGGAUGGAGAGGGCACCGUGGACAAUGAAGGGGAGGACGAGAACGAGGACGGCCUGGAGAAGACCAUGGAGAAUUACUUGAAGGAGCAGAAGGAGAGGCUGGAAGAGGAGAAAGCCGCCAUCCAGGAUGACCACAGCCUGGUGAGCGAGGAGAAGCAGAAGCUGCUCCAGGAGAAGGAGAAGAUGAUAGAGGACCUGCGGAAGGAGCAGGAGGCCACGGAGCUGCUGGCCAUCAAGUACAAGGCCAUGGAGAGCAAGCUGCUGAUCGGGGGCAGGACCAUCGUGGACCACACCAACGAGCAGCAGAAGAUGCUGGAGCUGAGGCGGCAGGAGAUCGCCGAGCAGAAACGCCGGGAACGCGAGAUGCAGCAGGAGAUGCUGCUGAGGGACGAGGAGACCAUGGAGCUGCGCGAGACCUACACGUCCCUGCAGCAGGAGGUGGAGAUCAAAACCAAGAAGCUCAAGAAGCUCUACGCCAAGCUGCAGGCUGUGAAGGCUGAGAUCCAGGACCAGCACGACGAGUACAUCCGCGUGCGCCAGGACCUGGAGGAGGCCCAGAACGAGCAGACCCGGGAGCUGAAGCUCAAGUACUUGAUCAUCGAGAACUUCAUCCCUCCCGAGGAGAAGAACAAGAUCAUGAACCGCCUGUACUUCGACGGCGACGAGGACCAGUGGAAAUUCCAGCCGCUGGUUCCCACUGGAGGGAGCAGCUCCCAGAUGAAGAGGCGCCCGACCUCGGCCGUGGGAUACAAGAGGCCCAUCAGCCAGUACGCCAGGGUGGCCAUGGCCAGGAGAUCCCAUCCCCGCUUCCGGGCUGAGAACAUCAUGUUCCUGGAGCUGGACCUGUCCCCCCCGGCCAUCUUUGAGUUUGAGCGCAGCAGGGACCCGGCGGAGCAGGACCCGCGCGCGCUGCACCUGGAGAGGCUGAUGCACCUGGACAGCCUCCUGGAGCGGCCGGCGGCCUCCCGCGUGCGCAAGUCCCGCUCCUGGUGCCAGACGCCGCGGUCGCUGCCGUCCUCCACCACCCACGUGUCCCUGGCCUCCAGCUCCCCGUGUGCCGCCCCUCUGCCGGCCCAGGAGUGACGCCUCGUCCCGGACUGAGCCCCCGAGCGCCGAGGGGAGCCCGGCCCGGCCGCCCCCUCGUCCUUGUCCGCAGCUACUUUGUGUGUGUUUGUGCGAGACACGAACGGCCCCGGGCCAGGGCGGCUGCCCCUCCCUCCCUCCCUCUCUGCUCCCCUCCCUCCCUCUCCCCUCCCCUCCCUCCCUCUCCCCUCCCCUCUCCCCUUUCUCCGCCCCCCUCAUCCGGAUCUGUCACUUUAUUUAUUUAACCUAUUUAUUUAUGGAGCGGAGGCGGGAUUUGUGCUCGGACUGAUGGACAUCCAGGCUGGCACUGGGCACCGUGCUGACCCCCCACAAGGUUUUUGCCCAGCUCCCAGCCCUCCCCACAUCGCCUGGCACAGGGCUGGGCACGGGGACACCACCCUGGCACAGGGCUGGGCACGGGGACAGCACCAGGACACGGCUCCAUCCCGGCAGGAGGGGCACGGGUCCCUCUGCAGGGGCUUUGGCAGAAGCUGAGGCUGCCCUGGCCCCUGGCGCUGGCUUUGCUGUGCUGGAUCCCAGGGAAUUUGGAGAUUUCUGCACGGAUUGGGAGACUUCGUGGUGGCAGUGCCUUGUCAGAGUCCCCAGCCUGCAUGGACUCUGGUGGCAGCAGGGACACCUCAUCAACUGUGGGCACGGCUGGCACUGCAGGGGCACCAGCUCCACCCACAGGGCUCGCAGAGUCACCAGAACAAGACACCCAAAGGCCAGGGCUUUGUCCAGCUGUGCCAUGCCCUGGGGACACCCUGGGGACACCCUGGGGACAGCCCCACCGAGGCUCCCGAUGCCAGGCUCGCUGCCAUCGCUGGGUGGGCAGCUCCUGAGAGCCCGAGGUGGAAAUCUCCACCUUUCCAGCACCUCCAGAGACACGCCCAGCCUGGGAGCAGCACUGCCUGGGAGCUCCGGGCUGCCAGAGGCUCCACCUGCAGCUGAACUCCACGGGGACAUGGGGACAAGGAGGUGACACCCAGGGCAGCGAUGGCACCGCUGUCCCCUGGACGAUGGCACACGGAGGUCACCUGUGUCACCUCCUGCAUGGGACAAGCUCCCUGGUGGGUUGUGGAGGACUGGCUGUGGAAUGGUGGUGGGUAAGGGGGAGCCACGAGGGUUUGGGAUGGGAUCCUGCCCCAGCAGCUGCAGGGACAGUGCUCUCUGUUCCUGCAGGACACGGCUCUCGGGUGGAGGGAAGCUGGCAGUGCCAGGCCAGCAGCUCUGGUGUCCCUGGGAUGGUGGAGGUGGGGACAUCCCAGUGAUGGAUGAGAUCCUUGUGGAUGAGGGAGUGACCCCUGGCUCUCCUGGGUCAGCAAAGUGCAGGGCAGAGAGGAUUGCAGGUGGGGAAUGUCCCCUGUGUCCCUCACAGGGUGGAUGGGGUUGGAAGGGACCCUGGAGCACUCAGGGAUGUGGCCAGGUGGGUUUGGAGUCUCCCAGGGAAGGAGACUCCAGCAGUGUUCUGGGCAGGCUGUUGGACUGCUCCCUGCUCCCCGUGCUGCUCCUGCACUCGGGGCAGGGCUGAGGGAGCAAGGCACAGGCCUGGAAUGGGGACAUCAGGAGCUGAGCAGAGCUCAGGGCCGGGCAGGUCCCUCAGCAGCCCUGUCCCAUCCCCACCUGGCUGUGCUGGGCCAUCCACUGCCCUUCCCAGCUGUGCUGCCACAUCCCUGCUCUGCCCUGGGGAUCUCCUCCCCUUCCACCUGGCACUGCCCUGCCUUGAGCUCUCCAUCAUUGCCCUCUGCUCCCCCUUUCCUGCUCCCUCUGUGCCCCAGGACACCCUCUGUCCCUCCAAAAGCUUUGUCCCUUCUCCCCCAGCUGGCACCUGCCCCGGGGGCACCUUGGCAGGCUGUAGCUGGCUCUGAGCUCCUCCCUGUGGCAGGGUCCAGGCUGUGCCCAGCCUGGCAGGAGGGAGCAGGGGAAGGGGUUGGAGGAGUGACAGCGGGGUCCCUUCCAUGCUGUGGGGUCAGGGCUGGCCACAGGCACCCCCACGACAGCCAGGGGUGUCCCAGGGCAUCCCCCAGGCCGAGCUGGCCCCGUGAAACCAUCCUGGCAGUGCCCAAGGCCAGGCUGGGCAGGGCUGGGAGCACAGUGGCAGUGUCCCUGCCCAGGACAGGGGUGGCACUGGAUGAGCUUUAAAGUCCCUUCCAGCCCAAACCAGCCUGUGAUUCCCUGAUUCUGUGGGGCACAGUGGUUGGGAGAGCUGGUUUGUUAUUUAAUUUGGGAGUUGGGGUCAGGAAGCACAGACUCAGAAUGAGGGGAAGCUUGGGGGGCUGCAGGAACAGAAUUUCCUCCCCUCCUCGUCUUCUAGCAGUCCCAGUUCCCCUUCAGUGGAUCAGCAGCUGGUGCAGCCCCAAAGUGAUGAACCAGAGACCUUCUGUGGCCUCUGUUCUCACCCAGGGUGUGGGAAACAUCUCAGGAGCUGAGGUGUCCUCAUCCCUGGGCCAUGGAGCAUCCUGGGAAGGGUGGCUGGGACCAGAAAGGGUGGCUGUGGUCAUGGUGGGAUCCUCUGGAAGCCCCUCCAGAGAGCUCUGGUCACAGAGGGAUCCUCAGGAAGCUUUUCCAGCAGAGCUCUGGUCACAUUGGGAUCAUCUGGAAGCUUUUCCAGCAGAGCUCUGGUCACAUUGGGAUCCUCUGGAAGCCCUUCCAGAGAGCUGUGUCAUGGUGGGAUCCUCUGGAAGCUUUUCCAGCAGAGCUCUGGUCACAGAGGGAUCCUCUGGAAGCUUUUCCAGCAGAGCUCUGGUCACAGAGGGAUCAUCUGGAAGCCCUUCCAGCAGAGCUCUGGUCACAGAGGGAUCCUCUGGAAGCUUUUCCAGCAGAGCUCUGGUCACAGAGGGAUCCUCUGGAAGCUUUUCCAGCAGACUCUGGUCACAGAGGGAUCUUCUGGAAUCCCUUCCAGCAGAGCUCUGGUCACAGAGGGAUCCUCUGGAAGCUUUUCCAGCAGAGCUCUGGUCACGGUGGGAUCUCUGGUCACACUGGGAUUCUCUGGAAGCCCUUCCAGCAGAGCUGUGUCACGGUGGGAUCUCUGGUCACACUGGGAUCCUCUGGAAGCCCUUCCAGCAGCGCAGGGGAUGGGAGGAGGCACUUCCAGCAUCCAGGGGCUGCUCCCGGAGCUGUCCCGGCGCACACCGGCAGGGCGGGGGGCGCUCGGGCUGUCCGUGUGUCGCUGUCCGUGUGUCCCAGCGGGGCCGUUCCUCGGGGCCGGGGCUUCCUUUUGUUGUUGUUGAAGUGUUCUUUUGGGGUUCAGGUUUGGCCGUUUUUCCGCGGGGAGGGGGGUGCGGGUCUGUUCUGGGUUCAUGGACAAGGCGAGGGCCUCGAUUAGGACCAAAUUUUCGUGCCUGUUGCUCUGGUGAUUUAUUUAGAAAUCAGAAGUUUACUGUCUGGUGGGCCAUCCUUGUCACUCUAUACAUAGGACUAUACAGGACAUAUUAUAAAUAUAUAUAUAUUAUACAUAGCGUGUGGAGAGGGGCCGUUCCGGCGGGAUGGACACUCCUCACUCGCCGUGCUGAGAUGUAGCUUCGAGCCCGCGCUGGCAGCGCCCUCCAGGAUGGCGAGGACAAAUAAAGGAAUGAGCAUCACUG